AUGUGGAUUAUCUUUCCUUUUUCAGCUGCAACCAGCCAUCAACGCGUGUUGGCCACCAAUCGGACCAAAGCGUCACUGCGGAGCUACUCCGCGUCCUGCACGGUGACGGACUCGUCGUCGACGACGACGACGUCAUCUGCCGCUGAAGACGUCCUCCCCGGUCAGCUGUUUCCGAUGGCCGACGAGAGCGGCGAGCCUGGCAGCAGCACCGCCGCCGCCUCCAGCAGCACCUCCAACGUCGGCGGCGUCAUCGAAACGUCGUCCGUCGACGUCGUCCCCGUCGACGUCUUCUAUCCCUCGGUCUCCCAAAGCUCUGCUACUGUUUCAAGGUUCAUUUUUUUUUUACUUUCUUGAUUAGUUGAAAAUAUAAAAGUUACAAUUGAAAAAAAAAUCAAUUGCAUAAGAAGUCUGAGCGAAAUUUAUGCUAAACUAUGUUUUGUCUCAAAUGGAGGCUUUGGAAAGUUCUUAGAGCUUUUUGGAUAUUUUAUAAAGAGAUUUUUUUUUUGUGAAAAGUUCAAUGAAAAGCAAUGUGGGAAAAAAGUCUGCGGAAAACUGUCAAACGCGCUCCAUUGCUAAUCUCUUCUGUCUCAGCGGUCACUCUGGGGAUUACUUAAAAAAAUGUAAUGACGUGUUCAUCGUACAAUACGGAAUUUGUUCCAAAAAAGAAAAAUAAGAACUGCUUUGGUGCGUCAAUGAACACACUUUCGCGUUUUGAAACAUGUCCCAUUUUUACGAUGCAAAAACACCGCGAUGUUUUUUUCAAUUUUUUUUCGUUUAACCAAAUAUUUUUCAGGUAUUCUUUACGUAAACGGCGUUCCUGUUCAACGCAAAAAGAGGAAGAAGCAUGUAGUCCAAUCAGCGGCGCGACGGCCGACGAGGUUUUGUUUGGACAAGUUUCAAAGAGUAAAAAAGGUGUUUCCAGACGACGCAGCCUACGUUGAAACGAUUCAAAACGGAUUCUAUAUCGCCCGGUGAAGCGCGAAAAGAGUUUGUUUUACGGAUUUGAUCAAUAAAAAUUUUUGCUAUUGAAAAUUUUCGAAAAACUUUAUUUCUUUCAAUGCAUCAAGUGAAUCAAAACUUAAAGCAUAUGCAGUGUUUUUCUGUAAUUUUGACAUCGAAUUGAUUUUUUUUUUCCUUCAGUUGUGCCGUUGAAGAAGAGCCCUGCGAAUUGACAUCGGAUGGCGUCGACCAUAUCAGUCGAAUGCCAGAAGAAAUUCUUAUGAAGGUUUCCGUUUGACAUAUUUUUGAGAUGAACUCGAAAGAUUGAAAUAACCUUGGGAUUUGCAAAAAGCUCAGAAUUUUUUUUCAAAGUACUUUUAUUUGAAGUUUGAUAAUCUUUUCUUCAAUUUGAAGAUCAAAUGUGAUUUUUGGCGGUUUAGUGUUUUUUAGAGUUUUUCCUAGAUAUUUGAAAAAAAGUGAUGCUUUCUAACGGUCAUUUCUAAAACGAAUUUUUCAUAACUUAGUUUUUUUCUUUUUUUGAGUUUCAUAAUAAAAAAACUAGGUUCAAAACUGGCCUUUUUCCACAAUGAAUGAAUUAAAUGUAUUGAUUAAAUUUAUCUGAAUAUUACAAUCUUUUUGAAGUUUUGAAUUUCGUCAUAUGUUGAAUGAGAUAGGCUUGAAAAAAACACUCUGUCAGAAUUUGUAACCGUGUGAACGAGGAAAACAAUUUUAUGGAUUUAGAAACUUAUUCUAUGAAAACGCCCAUUUUCUUUCAGAUUUUCAAAUACCUGCAUCAAAAAGAUCUCAUCAAUAGCAUAUCAGUCAACAAUAGAUUUUAUCGAUUAGCCAACAGCAUCAAUGUUUGGUGAGUUACCUUGUUUUUUUUUUGAUCAUUAAAACUGGAAUUAUUUCAGGAAAACGCUUUAUCAAGACAUUUUCGGGUAUCGGGUACCAUUGUACCAUCCAACGCAUGGGAAAUUUGAAUUUCGCGAGCCGAACAAGUGGCGGGACGAGAAUCCCUGGAAGGAGAGCUUCCGGCAAUUGGUUCGUGGCUUUUUUUAUUUCAUUGGAAAUUCAUUUUAUUCAAUUUUGGUGUGUAGAUGAUCUGAUAAUGAAGAGAUGUGCCAAAGUUAUUAGUGGCCACUUAAGAGUUUUUACCUUUUUGUGCACGCUGUAGUAGUCAAAUUUGCGGCCAGUUAGGUGACUCAAAUUUAGCUCUAGGAGUCUAAGACCUCUAAAAACUACUGUAGUGGCCACUAUGACGUAAAAUAGUGGCUUUAGUUGCCACUUUAGUGUCCUCUCAUAAAAGUCCUUAAAGAACCUCUCAAGUGCAACUAGGAUCCAUCCCAGUAAAUGGAUGAAAUUUGAGUAAAGUUUUUAUAAAGUUCUAUUUUCAGAGAAAUGGAGUUCAUGUGAGACCGCGAAACUCCGACAUGGAGGACCUGCGAUCGCGGGAAAUUAUGGUCUUCGAUCGGAUCGAGCUCGCUUUGUCGUCAGUUUUGUUUGAAUACGGAAAAUGACCCCUGAAGUAUGUAAUCGCAAAAACGAAAAAAAAAAGAGCAGUAGGGCUCAAGAACGCCAGAGUGGUCCCUAAAGGGCUCGCGGAAAUGACCACUCUAGGGGAGCGUGCUAGUCGUUUACUGUUCUAUGAGAAAAAGCAUUUCCACGCGAAAAAAAAUCCAUGAUUUUUGUUUUUUCGAUCGAAUAAAAUUUGUCAACAGAAAUGUCAUCGUUCAGUUUUUAUUUCAAAUCGAAACAAAAAAAAAUGGAAAAAUUUCUAUAUGGGUUAAUCUUCAAAAGCUUAGGGUUGAACCCCUAUAGAGACCACUCAAAUUUUACCCCUCAUUAUUUUGUCAGUUUUCAAGGAAUAUUAAAGGCGCAGAAACCAAUCGAAGAAAAAAUUUUCAGCGAUAAAUUGCUUUAGCUUUAUGUCGAUUUCACAGAACCGAUACGCGUUAUUAGUACUUGAAAAAUUGUAAAAGCCAAAAAGACGUCAUUCUUCCCGAAAAUUUGGUUAAAAGAGAUUUACUUGAAUAAUUUUCAGUGCAAUUCCUAGAUGAUUUUCUCCAUUCCUAAUAUUUUCAGUUUCCUGGAGGCGAACCCAAACCACGAGAAGCUAAUCUUCUUGCACGCCGGUGUUUAUCAUCCCACCGACACGCUCACCAUCAGCUCGCCCGUUCAGAUCAUUGGAGCCGGUAAUUUUUGUUUUUUGCCUAGAAACAUAUAUUUUCGAAUCAAACAAGUUUAUCUAAAAAAUCAGUUCUUCUGACAUUAUUUCCAUGAUCUGAAACUCUCAGGAAAGCUCAAAAAAAGGCCCUCAAGUAUGGAUUGAGUUAGGAAGACAUGUUAGAUCUCAGUAGACAAGAGCCGAGUGUUCUCUUAAAUGAUUUCAUUAGCAUAACACUAAGUGGCUUCUAUAGUGAUCUCAUAUCUUCCUAACCCCUUCAGGGACCACUCUGGCGUCCCUAAAAAUGGUUGAAUUUCAAAAAAUUUCAAGAAUAUGCUUGGCAAAUUUUGAAGCAUCAUUUUUUCAAAACGAGACGAGAUAUGUUCAACGGAUAUUUAUUUCGAGUUUUCUCCGCAUUUCUCCCCUCAUUAGAGGCUUUUGACAUUUGAUCAUGGUCCUAACGAUUUCAAACAUCAUACAUGUGGACAGAAACUGAAGGCUUCACUGUUCCAACUUUACGAUCUCGUUAUAAGCCGCAACGGGCCGAAGAAGACGGCCUUGUGUAACGUGUGUCCUGUCUCCCGUGUGACGUAGCAAAUCGAAUAGACGCGCCUCCUUGCCAGCCGUGUAUUGGUCACUCGGAACGAGAGCGUCAAGUCCAAUCGGCUGUCGCGAAUCCAAAGUCCGAUUCAUGCAAAAUCCUCCGCAAGGGACAAUGCCAAAAGGGCAAUUUGUAGAAAGCAUAUAAAAAAAAUCGAUCGGAAAGCCAAUAAAUUGUAUUUUGACUAUUCUUCACGAGCUUUUAAAUGCAAUUAUGUACUUGGAAGAGUUAUGAAAAAAAUGAUUUUUAAGUUGUCGAAUUUACUUUUUUUAAAGAAUUUCUUCUGAUUCAGAUCUCCUGUGGGCAAAUUCUGAAAAUAGCAAAAAAAUCUAUUUUUUUGAUAAACGCUGUCAAGUCGCAGUCUCCCGCAAAAUAUUUCCAGAAAAAUCGGAACUUGUGCAGUUACGAUUUUUUUAGAGUCUCCACCAGUACUUCAAGCUGUGUUCUUGCUGAGUUUAUGAAAUUUGUCAGGUUCCAAAUGAAAUCACCUCCCUCAACUAUGUGAUGUGGAUCAUUGUUACCUUUUAUAGAAACAUUAAAAUAAUCUUUUUCUUUAAUCUGAAGCUUUAAACUCAAGAACGCCAGAGUGGCCCAUAUGGGGAUGAAUUUAUGAAGAUGCCUGGUUGUCAAAUUUCUCUUUUUUUUACUAGAUCUUUCAAAAUCUGCGUUCUUUAUGCACGAAAAAUAUCUGUCUGCAAAUGACUGUCAACUAAAAAUUGGUUACUUUUGAUGAGAAUAUAAUCUUUUUCAGCGUCGAGCGACAUCACACAGUCAGUGAUCAUCGAAGGAUCGCGCAACACGACGAUCGCCUUCACAGAAGGCAGCGCUGGCGCCUACGUCGGCCACAUGUCCAUCCGUUUCCGACCCGAGCGGAACGGUCCCUCCAUCCUCGGCGCCCAGCCUCAUCAGCCGCCUCAGCAGCAUUUCUACGCCUUGUUGGUCACCGACGAGGGCGCCGCUCCGAUGAUCGAACGCUGCGAUGUCAACUCCAAGUCGAGCUUCGGUGCCGCGAUGUGCGUCAAGAAGAGCGCCGAACCCAAGGUAUUUCCAUAACAGGCCCCUCAAGGACUUCUUGGAGAAGAAACUAAAAGCGCCUGCUACCUUGCUUCUUAGUGGUCACUAGAGUAGUUUUCAGUGGUUUAGUAGUACCCCUUAGACUCCUAAAAAGGCCACUUAUUUUUUAGUCACCACAUUGGUCGCUAAAUCGAUCGCUACAGUGGUCACUAAAAUGUCAGAGCCCUAAAUUGGCAACUGGUGCUCAAUUUUUUACGAUUAAGCAAGUUUUAGAAAAUUCCCAUUCGAAAAGUAAAAUGACUUCCUUUUGAGUUUUCGGCAAUGGGCUAGGUCUGAUUAUAGUUCAUCCAGUUGAAAUCCAAAUUUAGCCUUUCAUCAGCUCAAAGCGCUUUUAACUCAAGUAAUCAUUUUUUUUUCCCACAAAAGUCGAAAAAAAAAAUGCUCAAUUUGAUCGUUUGAAGGUACGGUACUGUACGGUGGUCGACUGCGAGAACGUGGGCAUCUACAUAACCGACCACGCCGCCGGCCACUACGACAACUGCGAAAUCGCGCGGAACAACCUCGCCGGCGUCUGGGUGAAAAACCACGCGAAUCCCUCGUUCCGCAAAUGCCACAUUCAUUCUGGACGCGACGUCGGCGUCUUCACUUUUGAGUUGGUUCCUAUACUUUUUUUUUUUGAGGAAAGUUGAAGUGGAAUCACUCUUAGACCCUUAAGUGGCGCCUUCAAACUGCUUGAGAUCUUUUUUUUUUAGUUUUUCGCUCACAACCCUAGGCGAAGACGAGUAAAAAGGUGCUUUUUUUUCGGAAAUAAGUUAUUGCUCAGCUAUUCAAACUAUGUGACAAGUUUCAAGGCAUUCGGACCACUUACAGAAAAUUUAUACCCAAAAAACCAUUUUGAAAGAGAUUUAUAAUCGGUACUGUACUUUUAUUUUUUCAUUUUAUGUUAUUGAUUUUCGAUUUUUUUUUUUAAAUGUUAUUAGACGAGGAAAAGUUAUAGUAGCCACUGGAGAGGCUCCUCAAAUUAGAAUCCAAAAGAAGUCUCUAAAUUUUAGUCACUUAAGUGACCACUUGAACAUCAAAACCUUGAAGUGGUCACUAAAAAUUUCCUCAGUAUUUUGAAAAUACUAUGUUUUUCCCAGCUUAUUAUGCAGCUCUGAAGGCUGUUUCAUCAGAGUACGAGUACCUUAAAAUUCGCGUGUCGCAAGUUAAUAAUUUUCCUUGUUUAUAGGCACGGACAAGGAUACUUUGAAAAGUGCAACAUCCACUCGAACCGGAUAUCAGGCAUCGAAGUGAAAAACAGCGCCAACCCGACGGUCAUCCGCUGCGAAGUGCAUCACGGCCAAACCGGUGGAAUUUACGUUCACGAGAAAGGUACACUUUCUACCACGAAAUAUUCCAAGAUUUUAUUUAAAACUAUACAUUUUUGUUGCAGGACGAGGUCAGUUCAUGGAGAACCGAAUCUACGCCAACUCGUUCGCCGGCAUCUGGAUCACCUCGCAGUCGGAUCCGACGAUCCGGAAAAACGAGAUCUUCACCGGCCAACAGGGCGGCGUCUACAUUUUCGGCGAAGGCCGCGGGCUCAUCGAGCAGAACAACAUCUACGGCAACGCCUUGGCCGGCAUCCAGAUCCGAUCUCAGUCGGAUCCCAUCGUUCGGCUCAACAAGAUCCACGAUGGACUUCAUGGAGGAAUCUACGUGGUACGCCUUUUUUUUCAUCCCAUUAAGAUGGUCGUAUGAAAAAACUUUUUUCGACGUCUCAAAAAAUAGUCGUCGAUUUUCGCGCCUGGUCCGUAAACAUUGGACCCUACAAGCGUCGGAAAUCCACAGAGCUGUUUUUCUUCCUUAGUUCUCUCGCUAGAUUUUUAACUUCAUUUUUUGUUCAUUUCUGUCAGAAAAGUUUAGAGAAAAACGGUUUGACAACUUUAUUGUAUGGAUUUCAAUCUUUCUGAAACUUUCUGGAGUUUUGAUGAUUUUUAUUUGAAAUACCAUUGAAAAUUCGAAUUCCAGUAAAAAAAAAAAGCGCAGCUCAGAGAAUUUCAGUAAGAUUGAGCUCCAUACAAGAAAGGUGUGAGGAAAAGUUUUUUUUUUCUUACGGUACUGUACGGAUAAAAGGACUGUGACGUCACAGCUAUCUAUCGUUGCAAAUUAAAGUGAGUAUCCAACGGCAUGAUGAAUACCGUACUCCCCAUUUGGCUGCGUACUUGAGAUUUCAAAUUUCGCGCCAAAAUUUUUUUGACGUCUCCUCACCCCGUUUGGGAACGCCGUACCAUAGAAGAAUAAUAUUUUGUAGCACACGCUUGCCUAAACCUCUAGCUAAGAGCUGUUUCAAAAAAAACUUUCAAAUUUUCAACAACUAUCUCUUUUCUUUCCUACGGAUAACUCGAACUUCCAGCACGAAAAAGGAAAGGGUCUAAUCGAGGAGAACGAGGUCUACGGCAACACCUUGGCCGGCAUCUGGGUCACUACCGGAUCGUCGCCUAUUCUCAGGAAGAAUAGGAUACAUUCCGGAAAACAGGUUCGCCUUUUUUUUCAAUUUUUAUAUUUUCAUUUUUUUUUUUGUCAGGUCGGCGUCUACUUUUACGAUAAUGGUCACGGGCUUCUGGAGGAGAACGACAUUUUCAAUCAUUUGUAUUCCGGUGUACAAAUUAGGUUGGUUAUUUUUAAUUUUUUAUAUCUUUUAGAGAAAUUUUGCAUAUGAAUUUUUUGUGACUGCAGAACGGGUUCGAAUCCGAAGAUUACGCGCAACAAGAUCUGGGGCGGACAAAACGGCGGCGUCCUCGUCUACAACGGGGGCCGCGGAUGUCUCGAAGGUAGAGUUUUGAAAAGAAAUAUCAAUAAAACAUGGAAAAAAUAAUCUUGUGCUGUUUUAUGAGCAUAGGUAAAAUGAAGAAGUUACUUUGAGGACCUUCAGAAAAAAAAAAUGGAAAGAGCACCUUUUUCAUAGCCGCAGAGGGCCCUUUUUCAAUCCCCUGGAAACUAUUAAAGUGCUUUCUAGCAUCACUUUAUCAGUAGAUGUAGAAAAAAAGCUAUUGGUGGCCCUCAGAAAAUUUUUUUGGAAGAAGAUUCUCCGUUUUGCAAUUUUUUUUUCUUAUUUUUUUUGAUUUUUUGGUAGCCGCAAGUCUUUAUGAAGUUUUCUUUAAGGAAUAUAGAAGAAAUUUACAAUAUUCAUCGAGGCAGAAAAGUAUUUUAUAAGCAAGGUGUGCGAGUCAAAACAAAACUCAAAGACAGGCUGGUAAAAAAAAUUAUCAGAAUUGUUCAUGCUACAAUGAAUUUGUGUAAUUUAUUCCAAAAAAAAAAUUAUCUCAGAGCCAAUUUUCAACUUUUGAAAUAAAUUGGCUAUCAUUCAGAUAACGAAAUCUUCGAUAACGCGAUGGCUGGCGUUUGGAUCAAAACGGAUAGCGAGCCGAUUUUGCGACGCAACAAGAUCUACGACGGACGCGACGGCGGCGUCUGCAUUUUCAACAAAGGCAGAGGUAAUUUUUUAAGGAAAUAAAAAUCUUGAACAUUACGAAAUUUCAUAUGAAAAAAUAUGUCAGAGUUUUUAAGAUUUGGAGUGCGAAAAUUUCUUUUUUUUUGUCACGAUUUUUCAAACCAAAAACAUCUUAUUCGGAAAGUGGCCAAGAAGGUUUUGACGUUUUAGUGACCCUUUUAGUAGUCGAAUUAGUAACCACUUAAGUGACUAAAAUUUAUUGAUUUCUUUAGAAGUCUAAAGUUCUACCAGACCAUUGGAAACUAUUGUAGAGGCCACUCAGACGCAAAACAGAGGUAGUUCUGAUGUGUCAUUUUAGUGUCCUCUCCAAGUAUUUCUUGAGGAACUUUUUAAGAGUUUGCUGGAGUUUUUUUUUCCAGUGAAUUACUUUUUUUUUUUGAAGAAAAUUGAAAAGUAUAAAUUUAUAUUGAAUUUUCAGUUUCUCCAUGAAAAGACUCAAAAUUCAGGCGUUCUCGAAGACAACGAAAUCUUCCGAAACGCGCAGGCCGGCGUCUUGAUUUCAACCGAGUCCAACCCGACGUUGAGAAGGAAUCGAAUAUUCGAAGGAAAAGCUGCGGGAAUCGAAAUCACCAACAGUGCGACGGCGACCCUCGAAGAAAACCACUUGUUCCAGAACAAGUUUGGCGGUGAGUGAAACGGAAAAUUGAUUUUAAAAUUUCACGAAAUUCGCACUCAGAACGCGCGGGAGAAAGGCUCUAGCGCGAUUUGCGGCACACUAUUUUUUCAGCGCGGGAAACAGUUUUGCACGACAGGUAUCGCAGAGAAACGCGGCAGGUUUCCACAGAGCAUGUUUUUGGCCCAUUUAGCAAGAAAAAAAAAUAUAUUGGAUAUUUGCCAAAAAAGAGGAGCCGUUCAAUCACGCUGCGUUCCGACUCGAGCUUCUGAAUCAGAAAAUUACAGCUGCUCAAAGCUCUUCAAAAGAAAAAAUUAUGAAAAAGAUUAUCACGUGAAAUUUUGAUUUCAAUAGUUAUACACUAGACGAUAAGAAAAAAAAGAAUAGACCUGAAAAAAAAGCAGUGCUAUUGAAUAAAUUGUUCCAAGGAAUGAUUAUGGGAUAAAAUCACAUCUCUGAAAAAAAAUUUUUAAUUCAGCCAAUCUUUGUUUAAUCACUAAAGACUCCAUAUCAAACUACUGUAAUAUACAAUUUUCAGGUCUUUGUCUCGCGACGGGCGUCCAUCCCGUGCAGCGAAACAACAAAAUCUACGACAACUACGAUACGGUGCAGAAGGCGGUGAAAAGCGGCCAGUGUCUGUUCAAGAUCAGCAGCUGCACCAGCUUCCCCAUGCACGAGUUUUAUCGGUUCGUUUUCAAAAUUAGAUGAAGUCUCCACUUGGAGGAGCUGCUCUCAUUCCGAGGCUUCCGGGCCCCAGUACAUCAUCCGCUGUAUUCUAAGCUUCUCAAGGCGCAAAUUGAUGAAUUAAGCGCUAAAAACAAGCCGAAGGACCCUAAGACAAUGCCUUUCAACUUGAUCAACCACUCGUUGGUACUUCUAGUUCGCCAAAGGCGAUUGUUCAUUAUAGCUUCAGUUUUUGUUCACCGCCUGGUUGAUUACAACUAUGACUAAAGCAACAAAAGAAAUGAUUGAUUCUUCUUCUUCUUCCUACGCCUUUGUACCGCUUGAGCGGCGUCGGCGCCCAAGUCGAUGAGCCGAGGUCCUAUUCUGAUAUCAAUUAUUAUCAGUGGACUGGCUCUAGUGACAUAUCCGUCCUUGUGUGUGACGGCUGGGGAUUUUAAAGCCGUGUUUUCCCACCACCAACAUUUCUUAAACCCCUUGGUUGGGUCGAGGCGGGGAUCGAACUUGUGACCCUGUGGACCGUAGACAGGCACACAACCUGUUGCGCUAAGACGAAGAAAUGGUUGAUUAAUGGAUUGAAAAAGACUGUGAAUCCAUUUUUUUUUUUGCAGAUGCGCGACGUGCAAUACAACGGAACGCAACGCCAUCUGUAUCAAUUGUAUCAAAACGUGUCAUCGCGGACACACCGUCGAGUUGGUUCGCUAUGAUCGGUAUGUUUUUCUUUUUCUUCAGUUCUGGAAAUAAUUUUAAGAUUUUUGAGGAAAUAUUCUCUCAGCAUUCCAAAAUUAAAACCUGAAGAAGCUUCUUUGAAGCGGUUCCUAGAUCUCCUCAUACACAUCUGAUAUCGGGAACAUACUAUAGUAGCCCAGUCCACGCCAGCUUGGUACGAUUUUUGUUUCCCUCCGAGCUAGAGAAUCAUUCCCUUCAAAGCGCGCGGCCUGUUUCUCUGCAUGCGCCUUUAAUUUGGCUUGAAAAUUCCGUUAUGUGAAAGGCCGCGCGCAUCGAGGAGAAGGGUCCUGAAGCACAGAGAGAAAAGAAAAUCGCGACGGUCUGGCGCAGAUUGACCGUUAGCUCAGUUCUUUGAAGGUGACAAACUCUGGCGUGAACGAAAAAGAUAUUAUUAUCGCUUUCAAACAUCUUUCAUGCUCCUUUAAAGGCUUUUGUUUUUGAAAAAAAAACUAUGAAAUCGAUAGGCUAUGUUUGGAAAAAAAGGUUUUUUUUGAGAAGGGGGGAAAAUGAAUUUCAGCCAGAGCGUCACCCUCUACAGUCUACAGAGCUCUGCUUUCAAGCCGGGGAAAAUUUACCAUAGAACAGCAUAGAUUUGAAAAAGAAACUGUGCUUUGGUCAUCUCACUGACGUUUUGAGGUUUUUCUGCGAUUGUGGCGCCGGCACUCUGGAGAAGCAGUGCCGCCUUCAGACGGAAGUCCGCGAUAACGACACCGUCUACGACUCGGCGACUCCGACGUCCACAGAGACGCCUGUCGACUAA